CUAUAUACCACGUAGAAUUAAACAUUGUCAGGAGCAGCCUGCAGUGUCAAAAUGAUAAUCGAUACGACUUCCCAUCGGCAGGAAGUCAUAAAUCAGUUCAUAUUUAAGGAUGUAUCAUCUGUGUAUGACUCUACCCGGCAACUCGUUGAUAUUCCAGCAUAAAACUGGAUAUUAAAUAAGCUUCGAGUAAAUUCAGUAUCAGCUUCGGCACGAACAUUAUGAAAUACACUAAAAGUGCAAUUAGAAGCGUUGGCUUUUUGUUGAUAGGUCUAAAUAUUUUUGUUAGUAUCCAGAUUUGUGAAACGCAGGAACAUGAAGUACUGAUGAUGAAAGAGAUGAGAAAAGCAUUGCACAGAUACACGAACUAUAUGGAAGAACUCACAGAUGACAAACUUCGUUCAAUAUAUGAAUUUAAAGUUGUCGUGAAGAGAAAACAAACUCAGUGUUUCAUGCAAGAAGUUGAAAGAUCAACAGAAAUAUUAUUUGAAUAUGAGUGUGUUUCUCCCCCAACCUUCCUAUCUGAUGCUACGAUAGCAGCAUUCGUUGCACUUGCUGAAAAUUCAACGGUAAUUCAGAAAAAUCGACACUCACGAGGCGGUCAUUUUGAAGUUAUUGCAAACGAAACAGGAACAUUGGUAUUCUGUUUGGACAAUACACUAUCUCGAUCAAACCAUUUAGUUCAAAUAUUCAUGCAAAUAUACAGACUAGACAAGGUGGUGGAAUUUCACAAGGAAAAUAAGCUUGGAAACGGGACCAUGUUUCAUAUUUUGGAUGAUCUUUUCGUCAUUUCAAGAAGAAUAGAUUACAUGCGAUCAGCCAUGUUGAGUUCAAGAUCAACCUUGAAAUAUGAUUAUUCAACAACUACGUCCAACUUGAAUAUGAUCAAUAAUUUUUCUGCUGUCUCAGUGGGACUUAUACUGAUGCUUUGCGCACUACAGCUAAGGACACUGAAGAAUAUGUUUAAAGACAAACAAACAGGGGUGUAACGAAAAAUUCGUCAUAUAAGUCAUUCAAAUACUGAGUAUAAAAAUCAUUGCUACCACUAUUAUUAAGUUGACUGUUGAACUAUGAAUGUGAAAAAUCCUAUCAGGCUAUUUAUAAAAUUGAUCAAUCAGGAUAUGAAAUACCAUUCACCUGUAUAUUUUCCAUAAAUGAGGUUGAUGGUUUUUAUUUGUUAUUCUAUCAAUUAUUGCCUAACGAAGACCAAAUGUAAAGGGGAUUUUUAUGGCACUUGAUAAACCGGCCCUGUUUAUGCUGGUACUCGUGAAAUGAAAGACAUUCUUUUGUUGUUCGUACGUCCUCCAGCACACACGUACAAACAAGGUCUGCGCCUGAAAUAAUUUGUUUAGCAUGUAGAUCAGGGAUCGGCAAACUGCCGCCCGCGAGCUAAUUUGUUGCGGCCCCCCAACGACCUAACAUUCAAUAAAUAUAACAAAAAUUGAUCCUAAAUUUAUUAUUGUCUCUAGAAGGAUUUAUGUAGUGACAAGUGCAGCAGUACGGCGCUUGUUUUGUAAUAAGUAGCGUCAGUAAUAUGUGGUUCAAGAUAAUUUUGAUUUUUAAAAUUUUAAAAUGUCUUGGAAACGGAGGAAAUUUUGGACGAGGGUCGAACAUUCCAAAGUGCUUAGACGCGAAUUUUUUUUCUUUUUUGCUCAUUCCAAAACUACUUUGCUCUAUAUGCCCGGUCAGCAUCGAGGAUAUCAAGGGAUUUAACUCGUUACAUAACGUGCCAUCGAAAAUUCGACCCCGGGACUACGCCACAGCUUAUUUGUGCGACAGUGCAAAACGUGUAAUCUGCAAGUUCGGAAGUCAUAUUGCUUUAUCUAAAAUGCAUUACACUUAUAAAUUUCGUACUGGCUUGUCAGAUCGUCAUUUGGACGACGGCAACCAAGUUGCCAUAAAAACAUCAUCCGUCACAUAGAUAAUAAGUAAAUAAAAACGAUGUAUUGUUUGAUAAGAUUAUAUAAAAGGCCACAUACACAACUCAUUGUUGCAUGCUUUUAACACAGCGAAUGUGCGAGUGCGCCAUAAUUUGAAGUUUAAUGUAGCGAUUGUUCGAAGGCGGAAAUAUUGCGGUCCGCGCGCUGCCGGAAAUGUGUAUAUUUGGCCCGCAAGUACAUAAAGUUUGCCGACCACUGAUGUAGAUAAAGCGCAUAUAUUCCUGUUCACCAAUUGAAUACGGUUUACUAAUGGAACUCGAUAUAUUUGUAUUUUUUUGUCAAAGACUCGGGGCACGGAGGGUUGAGACUUAAGAUGAAGAUUGUUGCUAAAUUUUGAGAAAACGCAUAGAUGAGGCUAUAUAAGUUAGGCC